AUGAAAGCGUUAAAUAAAAUUUUAACAAAAUUAUUACUAAUUUUAAUAAAUUUGAUAAUAAUAAAACUCAAACAAGCAAAUUCAGAUGAAGUUUUCCCAUCACCCUGUAAGAAUUUUUAUGAAUAUGUCUGCAGUAACUAUAGCCAGCAGAAUCCGAAUCCAAACUAUAGUGAAAUAACACAACAAUUGAAUUACCAAUUUAAUGAAAAGUUGAUGCAACUAUUAGACAGAGAAAUACAAAAACAAGAUUAUGAUUCUAGAGUACAGACCUUUUAUGAUCAAAUGCAAAUGUACUUUGAGUCAUGUAAGAAAGAAAUGCAAAGAGAUUUGAGAAAAUAUCUAAAGGAAAUAAAGCCAAGCGAUAAUUUAAAUUGGCCUUUGUUGGAUGCCAAAGAACAAUGGCUGGAGACAGCUAAAACAGCUAGUUCUUGGUAUAUUUUUAGAUAUUACAAAACAUCGUUUAAAACAUUUGAUUUCUGGUCUUUAUUGGGAGAAAUGCAGUCUUAUGGUCUUAAUAACGUAAUAGUUUAUCAUCAAAUCAUAAGAAAUGAAGACAAUUCACUAAGUAUAUGGCUGGCACCUGCACUACUAGAAGAAGGAGGCAUUCUGCCUGAUAAUGCUAUCCUUAAAGUAUUGCUAAUGUCUUUAGGUCUACAGGAUGCAGAAACAAUAAUACAGCAGCUAAAUGUUACCGAUUUAAAAUGGCAAAAUAUUUUAGAAAGUAAUGCUGUACAAUCCUCCAAAACCCAGGUCACAACUCUUAAUAAUUUAGAGGUACUUUAUCCCAAACUUAAUCUAAAAAUCUAUCUUGAAAAUCUCUUGGGUUCAGAGAUAAAUAAACUUUCGGAUAUCAAUAUAGAAAAUACAAAAUAUUUUGAAUAUCUAAAUCAAAAGCAAUGGACUAACCAGGAGCUGGAACAUUUGUGUAAUUAUUUAAUGAUGAAAUUCCUGUUUUAUUUGGCUGAAGAUAGUACAAACGAUUUUAACUCUCGGGAGUGUAUAAAGGAUUUAAGACAUAAAUUUGAUUUGGCUGUUAACUAUUUUGCUUACCGUCUUUUCUUUAAAAGAGAAGCUGAUAAUUUUAAUGAGGCCCUAAACAACUUGGAGAGACAAAUCAAAGAUAUUAUGGCAAAAUAUUUUGAAGAAAAUCAUUUAAAUCUGACCAGAAAGCAAAUUAUAUAUUUAAAAUGUAAAUUAUAUAAAAUUGAUAUAAAUAAUGGUAAUUUACCUAGGAUUUUUAACCUCAAAUCUAUACAAAAUUUCUACAAGGAUUUGGCGGAUUUGGAUAAAAGUAAUUAUUAUAAAAAUCAUUUGUUGCUAUUGAAACAUCGUUUCCGAAAAUCUUUAUCUAAUGCUGAAACUCAAACACAUUACAUAGUGACAGACAAUCGUAUGGGUGGUGUUUCCUCACCGUUUUAUGUGCCUCAACAGAAUAUGGUAGUAGUACCAUUUGGUAGCUUUCAAUUGCCCCUAUUCAACUAUAGCCAAACGCCUCUGCAACAGUUAUCACUUUUCGGUUUUGUUUUGGCUCAUGAACUAACACAUGCAUUUGAUACAACCGGCCUUAAUUAUAAUAAACAUGGAUUUCCUCUGUCUUCUCCCUCAGAUAUAAUGGAUCAUGCUAAUUUCUCCAACGCCUUAGAAUGUAUGCAACACCAACAGCCGACAGUAGAAAUUGAUGAACGUAUUGCUGAUCUUUUUGCCAUCAGAGUGGUCUAUCGUACAUAUUUAGAAUAUUAUGCUAAAAAUAAUGAAGAAGAUUGGCAACAAGAUUUCUUUAAGAAUUUAGCUCAAUUUUUUUGUGGCAAAGGCAAUAUAAAUUUUAUAGAUCAUGAUACGGAUGUCAUACGUUUGCAGCAAAUUUUAAUGAAUUUUCAACCAUUCUCGGAGGCCUUUGGUUGUCUGGCAAAUAGUCCUAUGAAUUCUAAAACUAAAUGCAGACUUUAUUAAGAAACUCUAUUGUUAGUGUUACGAUGUACAUCAAUUUAGUUUUUAGAUUACAUAAAACAUGUCAAUGGUUUGACAAAGGUUAAUUUAA